AUGCGAAUACUGGUGCACGGAGCUGGGUUCGUCCUCGUCUUGCGGGCGAAUCGCCUGUGGGAAGCCAACGCCGCCUGUGCGAUUGGUGAGGUGGGCGCUCCCACUAUCGCCGAUAUUAAGGAAGAAGCAGAUGACAUCGACGCUGAGCUUGCGUUAGCCGAGACCCGUGCUGCCCGCCGCACCCCCGGUGGUGCCGCACCGGUGGUCGCGUGCGUGCCUAACGAACAACCUUUCGCCAGUGUGAUGGGUUCCGUCGUCUGCCUGCCCGGCUUCUCCACCAGACCAGAGAAAGUCACCUCCAUGAUGUACUUUCAGCACGAGACGAAGGCCGUCGGUCUCGCUUCCGUGUCCCUUGCCUCUCUGCGAAGAGGUCUUUCCUUACUGAUCUUGUGCUGA